AGAAAAUACUUUUGACAACGUAACAGCAAAAAACAGUUAAUCACUGCGGUUUUUACACUUUAGUGUAAAUACGAACUAGCUUGGGGAGCUUCUAAGCCUGAGCACUCUGCAGUUGCAGAGUGACUUAUUCUUAAGAAGGCAGUAUUGGUGAUUAUGCUAGGACAACAGACAUAAGCCAAGACUGUCCCAGGUGAAGCGUGCAGCUAUGCUUACACAGAGGAGUUUAAUUCUGGAGGGCUCAAUCUAUUUGGAGCAAAUCUCACAAACCUGAGGCGAUCAUAGCUAACGUUAAGCGCUUUCAAACGGCAGGUAUUGUGCUGAAUACAUUCCAUUAUGAGUCACCUCCGUUAUUCUCACCUAACCUUUAAGAGGUGGGCGGGUUUAUCAUCUUCCAUUGAGAAAACAGUUUAAGUGAGCUCUUUCAAGAUCACAUCUGGGGUGGAGGGGCAAGGAUAUGGAAACCAGACUGAUGUGAUCUUCUAGUUUACAUUGUUUACUUCCGAUUUUCUUGACUUCCUUCCACCCCACCCCCCCGAAGCGGGAGGCAGCCAGCGUCUAGGACACCAGUGAGGAUGCGCAGCCGGAGCGUCUGCGGAGCCACGCUAACAGCAGGUGGCAAACUUGUCCUCUUCCCAGCUAAGACGGGUGGUCAGCUCACUUAGAGGCCAGAAGUGGGUGGAGCUACUAUUCUGAGCCGUUGGAUCCUGCCUAGGAUUCAGGCAGGGAGCUUGACAGCUGUCGACUGCUUGCAAGGCUAAACUUCACAGCUGCUUUGAGGUCUGUGAGGACUUGCACAGGUGUUCUUGUGGAGCUGGUGAUCCAGCCCAGGGCCUUGCUCAUGCCAGGCGAGCACUCCGCUACAGAGCCACACCUCCAGCCUCAGUGAGGCUGGUGAACCGUAAACCAGUGGCUUUCAGCUUAACAUUUGCCAACUAUGCCUAAAGCCCUUUUUAUUAUAUGCACUCUUCCAGCCCCUUGCGCGCGACUGGAUUUCUUUUACUCAACAGCUCUUACAACUUGUGGAGGAUCGCGAUGGAAUAAUGUUUGAUUUGCAUGCCGCGUGGAUGUGCAUGGGGACAAGGCUCACAUACAUACAGGUACCCAACGCGAUAUGAGGCCCAGAGACGCCAAGACCUGGCCGGAAGCAGCAGAGCGGUGCGGAGGCUAGGACCCAGGUGCCCACCACGUCUUGAGCCUACGUCACCAGGACUCCGCCCCCGUAUCGCGACCGACCCCGAGCCCCCAGAAAAUGCCAAACCAGCACCGUCGUCCCUAGGUCGUCAAACCAGGUUCUCCAGCCCCUCCGGGUGUGUUCGCAGGGGAAACUGAGGCGGGGAGCGGGCUUGUGAAUUUACUGCUCUCUUAGUCCCUACCCCAAGGACACCAAAGCUGUUUUCCCUUCCUCAGGGCCGCAAAGAAUAGCAGGGAAGGACGGGAGAAAGGGGAAAAGGCUGAAAGCAGGAUCUGAACCACCAGCCGACCCUGCCACACUCAAGAUGGCGGCGCGGCCGCGGCGAGGUCCCUCAGAGGCGGUACCAGCGCAUGCGCAGCGCGGAGUCCCGGCCCGGGACACAAGAUGGCGGCAGCGGCACUGGGGAGGGCGAGGCGGAGGCGGCAAAACGGGCGGUCGAGCAGAACGUGUAGCCGCAUCCCCUCGAGUCCGCUUCGGGCAGGAGCUCCCAACUUGCUGUGUCCUUGCCCCACUUGCUGUUUUCUCUGCCUGGGAGCAUUUCACAGGUCCCGUGUGGGUGCUGAGAUGGCCAAUGAGAAUCAUGGUAGUCCUCGGGAAGAAGCGUCCCUGCUGAGUCACUCUCCAGGCACCUCCAGCCAGCCCUGUUCUCCAAAGCCAAUGCGCCUGGUACAGGAUCUACCAGAGGAGCUGGUGCACGCGGGCUGGGAAAAGUGCUGGAGCCGGAGGGAGAACCGUCCCUACUACUUCAACCGAUUCACCAACCAGUCCCUGUGGGAAAUGCCUGUACUGGGCCAACACGAUGUGAUUUCGGACCCUUUGGGGCUGAAUGCGACCCCACUGCCCCAAGACUCAAGCUUGGUGGAAACCCCCCCGGCUGAGAACAAGUCCAGAAAGCGGCAGCUCUCGGAAGAGCAGCCAAGUGGCAAUGGUGUGAAGAAGCCCAAGAUUGAAAUCCCUGUGACACCCACAGGCCAGUCAGUGCCCAGCUCACCCAGUGUCCCAGGAACCCCCACACUGAAGAUUUGGGGUGCAUCCCCUGAAGAUAAACAGCAGGCAGCCCUCCUCCGGCCCACUGAGGUGUACUGGGAUCUGGAUAUCCAGACCAAUGCUGUCAUCAAGCACCGGGGGCCUUCGGAGGUCCUGCCCCCGCAUCCUGAAGUGGAAUUGCUCCGCUCCCAGCUGAUCUUGAAGCUUCGGCAGCACUACCGGGAGCUGUGCCAGCAGCGGGAGGGAAUUGAGCCUCCUCGGGAGUCUUUCAACCGCUGGAUGCUUGAGCGAAAGGUGGUGGACAAAGGAUCUGAUCCCUUGUUGCCGAGCAAUUGUGAACCAGUUGUGUCACCUUCCAUGUUUCGUGAAAUCAUGAAUGACAUUCCCAUCAGGUUAUCCCGAAUCAAGUUCCGGGAGGAAGCCAAGCGCCUGCUCUUCAAAUACGCAGAGGCUGCCAGGCGGCUCAUCGAGUCCAGGAGUGCAUCCCCAGACAGUAGGAAGGUGGUAAAGUGGAACGUGGAGGACACUUUCAGCUGGCUUCGAAAGGACCAUUCAGCCUCCAAGGAGGACUACAUGGACCGUCUGGAGCACCUGCGGAGGCAGUGUGGCCCCCAUGUCUCGGCUGCAGCCAAGGAUUCUGUGGAAGGCAUCUGCAGUAAAAUCUACCACAUCUCCCUGGAGUAUGUCAAACGGAUCCGAGAGAAGCACCUCACCAUCCUCAAGGAAAACAACAUUCCAGAGGAGGUGGAGGCCUCUGAAAUGGAGCCCCGCCUGGUGUACUGCUACCCAGUGCGGCUAGCUGUAUCUGCACCCCCCAUGCCCAGUGUGGAGAUGCACAUGGAGAAUAAUGUGGUCUGCAUCCGGUAUAAGGGAGAGAUGGUCAAGGUCAGCCGGAACUACUUCAGUAAGCUGUGGCUCCUUUACCGCUAUAGCUGCAUCGAUGACUCUGCCUUUGAGAGGUUCUUGCCCCGAGUCUGGUGUCUUCUCCGACGGUACCAGAUGAUGUUCGGCGUGGGCCUCUAUGAGGGAACUGGCCUGCAAGGAUCACUGCCUGUGCAUGUGUUUGAGGUCCUCCACCGACUCUUUGGUGUCAGCUUUGAGUGUUUCGCCUCACCCCUCAACUGCUACUUCCGCCAAUACUGUUCUGCCUUCCCUGACACAGAUGGCUACUUUGGCUCCCGAGGGCCCUGCUUGGACUUUACCCCGCUGAGUGGUUCCUUUGAGGCCAACCCUCCAUUCUGUGAGGAGCUCAUGGAUGCUAUGGUCUCUCACUUUGAGAAACUGCUGGAGAGCUCACCAGAGCCCCUGUCCUUCAUCGUGUUCAUCCCAGAGUGGCGGGAUCCCCCUACACCAGCGCUCACCCGCAUGGAGCAGAGCCGCUUCAAACGUCACCAGCUGGUCCUGCCUGCCUUUGAGCACGAGUACCGCAGUGGCUCUCAGCACAUCUGCAAGAAGGAGGAAAUGCACUACAAGGCCGUCCACAACACAGCCGUGCUCUUCCUACAGAAUGACCCUGGCUUCACCAAGUGGGGGCCAACACCUGAGCGUCUGCAGGAGCUAACCACUGCCUACCGGCAGUCAGGCCGUAGCCAUGGCUCCAGCUCUUCCUCAUCGUCCUCAGAGACCAAGGACCGGGACUCAGGCAGAGAGCAGGGCCCUAGCCAUGAGCCUCAUCCCACUUAACACAACCUGCGGGGAGGAGGAGCCCCACGGGUGCUGUAUGGAUGGUGGGACUCAGGCCUCUGGGGGCUGAGUGGACUCCAGGACCCUCCGCUGGGGUGGCAGCAAGACUUGGGCUGCCAGUGACAUAGGAAUAUUAAUGGCUCUAGCAGGGCUCUCCCUCCCUGCUCCUACUCCCCACCUCUGAUUCGUUCCAUGUCCCCUGUAAAUAGGCCCAUGCCUUUCCAACCCCAUACUGACCCUGUUGCUGCCUUGUUUCAUUUGUAAAAGGAAAUACAGAACCCCCACCAAUAAUGUGUGAGGGUCUUGAGGGCAGAGGAAGCUGCCUGGAGCUACUUCUGGGACCACUCCCAGGCUCUUAUGAGCCCUGGGUCUCCACACCCCACCCCAAGAUCUCCACACAGCUGGGUUCCUGGUGACCUCUGCCUGUUCUCAGUAGGUUGGAGGAAUCUAGGGCCUGAAUCAUCUUGCAGCAUAGCUGGGACUUCCGGAUACCUCUGGGGAGAUAAGGACCACAGCUGCGCCCUGUGCUUAUGUGGAACCAGAUUUGUUGGCCCUGGGGUCACCCCUGCAAGCAGUUUUACAGACAAAGCUGAAAAGUGCAGAGUUGAUGUUACCACAGGCUUCGGGGUGUAGCACCUGUCUUGUGAGGCACAGAGUUCAGGGGAGGAAGCAGGGUUUGGAGGUACUGGGCAGGGCUAUACACAGCUACCUGUGGCAGGAUCAGCUGAUUGCAGAGCUAGGCAGCCUCCACCUGUUGGGGGCUAUUCACAGGCCCCUUCCUUUUGCUUCCUGGAUCCUUGCCUGGUUCAGGCUAUUAGCAGCAAGUAGACAAAGCAAGCUGGCCAUGGCUGGACUCUGGUCCCUUUAUUGAGACUGAAGGGCCAGUGGGUCCAUCCAAACAAAAAUAAAUUUCUCCCCCAAACCCAAAGCCUGCCUGCAGGCUGGGGCACCCAGCAUGUCCUGGCUGGGGCUGAUGGCUGUCCCCCAACACCAACAGCACAGAGUGCUGGCUCCCAGCAUCUAGAGACCCUAAGCGGGCAGGGAGGUGGUUGCUGCAGUCUUGGAAAAGCCAGCCCCAACAUCCACGA